CAGUGUUUGAGCCAAUACUGCGAAAUGUCAAUACGCGAGGGAAAGGUAGCGUUGAUCGCGUGUCCGGACGGCUCGUGUCCAGAGCACGACACCAAAGCCAACGUGAUAUCCGCCCGAGAGAUACAACUGCUGGUCGCCAAAGACAUGUAUGAGGCCUAUAAACGGUAUCGACUCAAUUGGAUGAUCGAGAGGGACCCGACCCGCACCUGGUGUCCCACUCCUAACUGCGAGACCGUAUGCCAUAUAAAGCCGCCCAAACAGCACAAGGAUAGCAAGAAACCCAUACCUGUCCACUGUUCCACCUGCAAUAAAACGUUUUGCUCGUCGUGUCGUCGGGGCUGGCAUUUGGGCGUCGACUGCAAAAAGUUUAACGCACACGAAGAUGUUUUACUAAACGAGUCGUCGUCGCCAAUCAAACGGUGCCCGAAGUGUUGUAUAUUGAUUGAGAGGGACGAGGGGUGCGCUCAGAUCAUGUGCCGUAACUGUAAGCACGUGUUUUGCUGGUACUGUUUGGCGUCGCUCGAGGAUGACUUUCUGUUGCGACACUACGACAAAGGGCAGUGUAAGGACAAGUUGGGUCACUCCCGGGCGUCGGUCAUAUGGCACCGGACACAAGUGGUGGGCAUAUUCGCCGGCUUCGGCCUAUUGAUACUAUUGGCCUCACCCAUGUUCAUAUUGGCCGCCCCCUGCCUCCUAUGUUGUCGCUGUAACUCGUGGUAUAAGUCGGACGCCGAUCACGACCCCGUCUCCGGCGAAGACUUUGAUCCGGCCAUCAGUAGCAGCGAUAUUGGCGUCAAAAGUGAUUCAAUAUUAUAGUGAAAUAUAUAAUGUAUACAAAAUUUAAUUGUUUUUUAAAAAACAUGUCGAUAAAUAUACACAAA